AUGGCUUUAUCGUUUUUACGUAGUAGUGUAAUCGCUCGGAAUGUCAAACGACAACUUUACCAAAAUAAACGAAACGCUGGAUACGUUGUGCUUAUUCCUGAAAUAGGCGAGGAUGCAGAAAACACUUUACUCUCAGAUAACGGCCUGCCAGAAUUUAAUGAUAUUUCGAUUGAAAAAUGCAUUGCCACAAUCAGCAAACAGAGCCUGGAAUACGAAAAUGGUGUCAGACAGAUUGAGCAUGCAUCAGAAAACUGUAAAAACGCCUUUAUGGAAAUAUUUCAACCAUUAGAGAAACUUGACUCUCAAUUAGAACUUACUUGGGGCAUGGCAAAGACACUGUACCUCGGUAACAGUUCACUAAUGCCUACAAAGUCCUACAUCCAAAUACAUGAGAGAGCACACAAAGCAAGAUCCUCAAAAUUCAACAGCAUACCUAUCUUCCAAGCAGCAGUCACAGAAAAGAACCGCCUCAAGAAACUUACAGACGAAGAACAGAGAUUGUUGGAUAAGUACAUUUUAGAAGGUAAACUAAAUGGUCUAGAUGUAAAAGGCAUCAAGAGAGAAAGACUGAACAAUAUCCUGGCUGGGCUACAACAGGAACGGCAAAUGUUCAGAGAUAAAGUAAAUGUUGCUAACAAAGUCUUCACAAGUACCAUCAAAGAUGCAAAUCUUAUGAGAGAGUUUCCAAGUGGGUUAGUAUACUCUAUGGCUAUGGGUGCGGAUCCCUCCAAAGGACCUUGGAAAGUCACACUACAGCCCCAUAUCUACGAACCAUUUAUGCAGUACUGUCCUGACAGGGAGCUCCGUUGGAACGCCUGGCAGGCACAUGUACAAAGGUGUUCUAGUUAUGUAAACAAAGAAAUUGAAACUGCCACAAAUUUAGAGAACAUAAGGAGUCUACGAAGAGAACAAGCAAUGAUAUUGGGCUAUGAAACAUUUGCAGAUAUGAGCAUGGAAACCAAAAUGGCCGGGUCUGUGGAAAAUGUAAACAAUGUCCUAGACAGUUUGCUAGAGAGUGCCAGAUCAAUGCAGGAUGCAGAAAUUGAAUUAUUACAGAGAUAUGCACAGGAAAGAGGUUUCGAUGUCAAGUUAGAACACUGGGACAUACCCUAUUGGCAGAGAAAACAGAAAUGGUCAAUGUAUGGCUUUGAUGAAGACAAAAUUCGGGAAUACUUCCCUCUGCCUAAAGUUAUUGAUAGUCUUUUUGAACUCUGCAGUAAGCUGUUUAAUAUUCAGAUUGUAGAGAGAACAGGCAUCCAUACUUGGCAUAAGGAUGUCAAAUUCUAUGAUGUGUUUGAUGAGUCUAGUACAGAUCCAGUAGCUAACUUCUACUUGGAUCCAUAUGCUCGCAAAGAUCUAAAAAUUCGCAUUUAUGAUGAUGCAGGGUGGCAUAUUGCUAUCAGAAACAAAUGCACAUCAACUGGCACUGCUCCAUUAUCUGCAUUAAUAUUUAAUUUCCAAACUCCAUCAGAUGGUCAACCAUCUUUACUGUCAUUCAAUGAAGUUAGUAUUCUGUUCCAAAGAUUUGGUCAUUCACUUCGUCAUUUACUGACGAAGGCUAACUACUCGGAGGUUGCUGGGCUCUCUAAUGUGGAAUGGGAUGCGGCUGAGGUGUGUGGGCAAGUGAUGACUCACUGGCUGUAUGACCCACAGAUUAUCAAAUCAGUCAGUGGUCAUUUCGAAACAGAUGAGCCCUUACCUGAUGAAAUAGUGAGGAACCUACAAAAUAUCAGAGGCCACAUGUCAGGAUACAACUUGUGUAAAGAGCUGUACUUAUCCAAACUUGACUUGGAACUGCACACGAAAAAGGAUUUCUGGAGAGACAUUGUGAGGGAGAUGUGGCCCAAAUACCAUGCUCUACCUUUCGACAAGUACGAUUCCCAUCCCCUUUCAUUCACCAAGAUUUUCUCUGAGGAGUGGGGAAGUGCAUACUACUGCCGGUUAUGGUCCAGAAUGAUUGCUGCGGACAUCUACAGUGCAUUUGAAGAAGCCAAGAAGGGUGACCAGAACAUUUUCGAAGUGGGAAAGAGAUAUAGAGACACAUUCUUAGCUGUGGGAGGCAGUUGUCAUCCUAGUGAGGUGUUCAGGAGGUUCCGAGGUCGGGACCCCUCUCCACAUGCUCUACUUAAGAAUCUUGGUUUACCCAAGAAAGUUAUUAUUGAAGAGUAA